AAUCUGCCGCCUGCCUCUUUUCUUCUUUCUCUGAUUAAAUCAAUCAAACAGAGAUAUAGCAAAUGUCCACCGUUGCUACAGAGCUUUUGCUCCACUAUUCUCUCAGACGACGUACUCUGGUUCCAGAUAUUCAUGCAUAUUCGAGAAGGGCCCCUCCUUUUUACUUAAAUUACACUAAGAGGCCACUUUCCGGUGGCCCGAGCUUGAGCUCCUUUGAACUGAAAGCUCCCGAGGCUCUUACUCUCCGAGCUAGCGCCUCCACAGACACCGCUGCCGUCGUCGAAUCUGACGUCGUUUUCAGCGAAACUUUCUCCCUUAAACGCCCAGUAAAGGUUGAAGGAAAGAUAACAAUCAGAUUGGUUAAUGGGAAAGAUGAGGAAAACUGGCAGCUCCUUGUGGGAUGUAGUCUACCAGGGAAGUGGGUUCUUCACUGGGGAGUUAAGUACAUAGGCGAUGUGGGCAGAUGCAGUGAAUGGGAUCAACCUCCCCCGGAGAUGAGACCUCCAGGUUCUAUUGCCAUUAAGGUGGACUAUGCAAUUGAAUCUCCUCUAGAAAAAUCCUCCACAUUGGAAGGAGAGAGUUUUUAUGAAGUGAAGAUUGAUUUCAAUACAAAUAAUUCAAUCGCAGCAAUAAAUUUUGUAUUGAAGGAUGAGGACAGUGGAUCUUGGUAUCAGCAUCGAGGAAGAGACUUCAAGGUUCCUCUGACUGAGUAUCGUCAUGAUGAUGGCAAUGUUGUAGGAGCAAAAAAAGGCUUUGGUAUAUGGCCAGGAGCUUUUGGACAGCUGUCCAACAUGCUUCUUAAGUCAGAAGGAGCUGAAAAUAAAACGGAUUUUACCACUUGUGAGUCAAAAGAUCCACCUCAUCAAAAUAGUCGACUUGAAGGGUUUUAUGAAGAGCAUCCUAUUGUAAGAGAAACUCUUGUUGAUAACUCGGUAACUGUUUCUGUGACACAAUGCCCAGAGACAGCCAAGAAUCUUUUGUAUAUCGAAACGGACUUACCAGGAGAUGUCAUUGUUCACUGGGGAGUCUGCAAAGACAAGGAUCGGAAGUGGGAACUUCCAGAGCAGCCCUAUCCAUCUGAAACAAAAGUAUUCAAGAAUAAGGCUUUGAGAACUUUGUUGCAACGAAAAGAGGGUGGAACUUGUUCUUCGGGAUCAUUUACUUUGGAUGUAGGGCUCACUGCUUUUGUCUUCGCUCUGAAGCUAAAUGAGAAUACAUGGUUGAAUAAUAUGGGGAAGGACUUCUAUAUUCCCCUCUCAAGUUCUAGGGUCCUCAAUAAAGAACAUAGCCAGUCUCAUUCUGCCAAUAAAACAAAGGAAUCAUCUACUGUAUAUACGGAUGGAAUCAUUAAUGAGAUAAGGAAUUUGGUCAGUGACAUUGCCUCAGAAAAAAGUCGGAAAACUAAAAUUAAAGAAGCCCAAGAAAGCAUUCUUCAGGAGAUCGAGAAGCUUGCUGCAGAAGCCUAUAGUAUCUUUAGGAGCGCCAUACCGACAUUUACAGAAGAGGGAGUCUCAGAAGCAGAGGUAUUAACACCGUCUGUCAAAAUAGCUUCUGGGACUGGUUCUGGUUUUGAAGUUGUAUGUCAAGGAUUUAACUGGGAGUCACAUAAAUCUGGAAGAUGGUAUAUGGAGCUUCAUCAAAAAGCUGCAGAGUUAUCAUCACUUGGUUUUACUGUUGUCUGGUUACCUCCGCCCACAGAGUCUGUUUCACCUGAAGGCUACAUGCCAAAGGAUUUGUACAAUCUGAACUCCAGAUAUGGAAGUAUUGAUGAAUUAAAGUCUCUCGUGAAGAGAUUCCAUGAAGUUGGCAUCAAUGUCCUCGGAGAUGCUGUGUUAAACCAUAGAUGUGCCCAUUACAAAAAUCAGAAUGGUAUUUGGAAUAUUUUUGGUGGCCGUUUGAAUUGGGAUGAUUGUGCAGUGGUUGCUGAUGAUCCACAUUUUCAGGGAAGAGGCAAUAAAAGUAGUGGGGAUAAUUUCCAUGCUGCACCUAAUAUCGAUCAUUCACAAGAAUUCGUGAGAAAGGACCUCAAAGAAUGGUUAUGUUGGCUAAGGCAAGAGAUUGGAUAUGAUGGGUGGAGGCUUGAUUUUGUUCGAGGUUUUUGGGGUGGUUAUGUCAAGGAUUACAUUGAUGCUAGUGAGCCUUACUUUGCUGUGGGCGAGUACUGGGAUUCUCUUAAUUAUACAUACGGGGACAUGGAUCACAAUCAAGAUGCACAUAGGCAGCGAAUUAUUGACUGGAUUAAUGCUACUAAUGGAUGUGCUGGUGCAUUUGAUGUUACCACAAAAGGGAUUCUUCAUUCUGCACUUGGAAGGUAUGAAUAUUGGCGAUUAUCUGACGAGAAAGGGAAACCUCCUGGAGUUGUUGGUUGGUGGCCAUCUCGUGCGGUUACUUUUAUAGAGAACCAUGAUACUGGUUCUACUCAGGGUCAUUGGAGAUUUCCAGGUGGAAAGGAGAUGCAAGGAUAUGCUUACAUCCUCACUCACCCAGGAACACCGACUGUAUUUUAUGAUCACAUUUUUUCUGACUACCAGUCCGAACUAUCAAAACUAAUCUCCGUGAGAACCCGGAACAAGAUCCACUGCAGAAGCAUAGUUAAAGUAAUGAAGGCAGAAAGGGAUGUUUAUGCGGCAAUUAUUGAUGAGAAGGUGGCCAUGAAAAUUGGACCGGGUUACUAUGAGCCUCAAACUGGUCCUCAAAAAUGGUCCUUAGCUACUGAGGGCAAGGAUUACAAAGUGUGGGAAGCAUCGUGAUAGAGAUACGGCUGCUCAAAUUGAUACUAAGUAUAUAUUAUAGGAAGCAUGUUUUCAAAAUCUGCUAAGAGUCACUGCAAAUUUUUUUACAAAUUUAAAAGGAGGUGAAUUUGGACGGGUGCUAGUCCGAAGCCCUUUGUUAACUUGCGGACAUUGUGUGUACCCCAAAACACAGAAUGGACGGGGAGUCAAUUGGCAUUUCGAUGCAGCAAAGACUAUGUAAAGGGUCAUUUAUGGCAACUUAAUUGGCUUGUGUUCAUCUGCGGAACAGGAUACAGGCAAGUGUGGCUACCGAAUAUGUAAUUUGGCAGACACAUUUGUAGUCUUUAUUUCAUACCUCAUAGCUCAGCGAUUAUGGCGUGCGCUGCUAUUUUUUCAAAUGGAAAGAUUUCGAUGUUUUCAUUCUCCUGAUGAAACACGAAUCAGGGUAUAAUGUAUUAUAAUUCCCAAGUUUAAGGAUGUAAAAACUAGUUGCCAUGAUAUAUAUAAUCAUCUCUUAUUAUACA